AGUCCUAGGAUUAUUUCAGCGCCAUGGUGCAUUAGUUUAUACUGCUUAAGGCCCCCGUCCCCUCCCCGCUGUGUUGCUAUUUCAACACUUCCGCUCUGUUUUGGGGCUUUUUUCCUCCAUUUCUGUUGGGGGGGGGGUGCAUUUUUUGUGCUCCAGGAUGCUGACUGAAGCCGGCCGAUCUAUGGUGGCUGCGAGGCGCUGGAGUGCUGGGUGCCCUUCGGAGUAGCCUGUGUCUGGUCCUGUCUCCAGCGAAGCAGCAUGGAGGUCACUGGCACACCCAUGGCUGGAAAAGCUGCAGAGAGCUCCGUGAAAUGGCAACUGUGCUACGACAUGACAGCCAAGACCUGGUGGAUGGAUGAAUUCCACCCGUUCAUCGAGGCGCUGCUCCCCCAUGUCCGGGCCUUUGCCUACACGUGGUUCAACCUGCAGGCCCGCAAGCGCAAGUACUUCAAGAAGCACGAGAAGAGGAUGACAAAGGAUGAGGAGAGGGCAGUGAAGGACGAGCUGCUCAAUGAGAAGCCCGAGGUCAAGCAGAAGUGGGCAUCCCGGCUGCUGGCCAAGCUACGCAAGGACAUCCGGCCCGAGUGUCGCGAGGACUUUGUGCUCUCCAUCACGGGCAAGAAGCCCUCCUGCUGUGUCCUCUCCAACCCCGAUCAGAAGGGCAAGAUGCGCCGCAUCGACUGCCUGCGCCAGGCAGACAAGGUGUGGCGCCUGGAUCUGGUCAUGGUCAUCCUUUUCAAAGGGAUCCCUCUGGAGAGCACGGAUGGGGAGCGCCUGGUCAAGUCCACACAGUGCACCAACCCCAUCCUGUGCGUCCAGCCCCACCACAUCAGCGUCUCUGUCAAGGAGCUCGACCUCUACUUGGCGUACUUUGUCCGCGAGAGAGAUUCAGAGCAAAGCAGCAGCCCGAGGACAGGGAUCGGCUCAGAUCAGGAGGACAGUAAACCGAUCACAUUGGAUUCAACAGACUUCCAGGAAAGCUUCGUCACUUCGGGAGUGUUCAGCGUCACGGAGCUCAUCCAAGUCUCCCGAACACCGGUGGUGACGGGUACAGGGCCAAACUUCUCUCUGGGAGAGUUGCAAGGUCAUCUGGCCUAUGACCUGAACCCCUCGAGCACCGGGAUGAGGAGGACGCUCCCAAGCACCUCCUCCAGUGGGAGUAAACGGCACAAAUCUGGCUCCAUGGAGGACGACAUAGACACGAGCCCGGGGGGAGAGUACUACACCUCACCCAACUCGCCCACGAGUAGCAGCCGCAACUGGACAGAAGACAUGGAAGGGGGCAUCUCCCCCACCGUAAAAAAGACAGAGAUUGACAAGUCACCUUUCAACAGCCCGUCGCCCCAGGACUCCUCCCCGAGGCUGAGCAGUUUCACGCAGCACCACCGUCCAGUCAUCGCCGUGCACAGUGGUAUCGCUCGAAGCCCACACCCUUCAUCUACUCUGCAUUUCCCCACCACCUCGAUUCUCCCCCAGACAGCCUCCACCUACUUCCCCCACACCGCCAUACGGUACCCGCCUCAUCUCAACCCGCAGGACCCUCUGAAAGAUCUCGUCUCCUUGGCCUGCGACCCGUCCAAUCAGCAGCCUGGACCGUUAAAUGGAAGUGGUCAAGUGAAAGUGCCCAGCCACUACAUUUCCACCCAGAUGCUGGCGCCGCCACCUCCCCCUGGCAUGCCCCGGUUGGCAAUCUCUCCUGACACCAAAUCCACCACGACAACUUCCGAGGGCGGGACGACCUCACCGACAUCACCCAUCCUGGUACCUAGGAUAACUGCAGCUGCCCCCUCCUUCGCCUCCCUCCUCCUCUGCUUUAGGCAUCCCGAGAGGAAAACAUACCACAGGACCAGGCCCAGCCUUUCGGUGACGACGGAGAGAGCGAAUUCACAAUGAUGACGACGACAAACACACAACAUGUGACAAGAAAGGAAGGAAGGAAGGAAGGAAGAACGAAGGGAAAGAAAGAGAGAGAGAGA